AUGAAGACUACAUUUCCAAACCCUGAUGACAUCCUCAACUUCCAACUUACUAUCGAACCGGACGAAGGGAUGUACAAGGGCGGCAGCUUCAUCUUCAACUUCACCAUUAACCAAAAUUACCCUCACGAUCCACCCAAGGUCAAAUGCACGCAGAAAAUCUACCAUCCCAAUAUUGACCUGGAAGGGAAUGUGUGCUUAAAUAUUUUGCGCGAAGACUGGAAACCCGUGUUGAAUUUGAACGCUGUCAUUGUCGGCAUGCAGUUCCUCUUCCUGGAACCCAAUGCUUCCGAUCCAUUAAACAAAGAGGCGGCCGAGGAUCUGAGGAAUAACCGAGAGGGAUUCAGAAGAAAUGCAAGAACAGCAAUGGGCGGUGGGGCGGUUAGAGGCCAAACCUAUGACCGAGUGCUGCGGUGA